AUGCUCAAAGCUCUCAAUAUCGACAAGUUACAAGCCACCGCCGUGGUGUGCUCAAUUCUGAUCGCAUUUUGGGGUUUCAGGUUGGCCCAUUCGAUAUUUAUACUUCGUAAGGUCCCCGGACCAGCAGCUGCCCGCUUUACGAAUCUAUGGCGCGUUUCCUUCGUAUGGUCGGGCAAAGCUCACAUAAAAUACCGAAAGCUGCACGAAAAGUAUGGGCCAAUUGUCCGAACUGGUCCAAACGUGUUGGAUAUAUCGGAUCCUUCUGCGAUACCCACGAUCUACGGCAUCAAAAGUAAAUACCUAAAAUCGGAUUUCUAUAUCACAUUAUCUGCCUCAUAUGAGGAUGAAGUUAUGGACAGCCUCUUCUCGACUCGGGAUCCCGAGUACCACAGGAACCUCAAGAGACCGGUGACCCAGAAAUACUCCAUGACUUCAAUCCGGGCGCUGGAACAUCUUGUAGACCCCUGCAAUACGAUAUUCACAGACGCAAUGCUCGACUUGAGCGGCCAAGUCGUGGACUUGGGUGCCUGGCUGCAAUGGUACGCUUUCGAUGCGAUCGGAGCAAUCACGUUCAGCAAGCGUUUUGGAUUCAUGGAAGAACGCCGAGACAUCAACAGCGUUAUCGCCGGAAUCGAAGGUGGCUUACACUAUGCUGGUAUCAUCGGCCAAGUCCCGGUAUUGCACCAGUUUCUCUUGGGCAGCCGUACCUUUAGGAAGUUUCAGGAGAAACUGAUGCCCAAUGCCCCUAACCCGAUCAAGACUUACGACAAAGAAUCCUCGAGCGAAAGUGAGAAGCGAUCGGACUUCUUAGCCUAUCUCCAACAACAAGAGAGGGGAUUGGAGCCCCAGAUGAGCACGCGAGAGAUGAUGAAUCACUUGCUGAACAAUCUGUAUGCCAGGACACAUCAGCUUUCAACUAGCAUCUUGGCAGGAAGUGACACAACCGCUAUCUCCCUCCGAGCAGUGUUUUACUACGUUAUGCGCGAUCAGCGGAUUUACGAGACACUUCAACGCGAGAUCGAUGAGGCAGAUCAAGCAGGCAAACUGUCGGAGUAUAUCACAUACGCUGAAAGCCUGGAGCUAGAGUAUCUGCAAUUGUGUAUCAAAGAAGCUAUGCGGAUGCAUCCGGGCGUCUCGUAUCCUCUCGAGCGGAUAGUUCCUGAAGGAGGGGCCGAAUUGUGUGGCAUUCAUGUACCCGCCGGCACGACUGUGGGCGUCAAUGCGGCCACUGUGCAUCGAAGUAGAGAGGUCUUCGGCCAAGAUGCCGAUGAGUUCAGACCCGAGCGCUGGAGCGGAGACCCGGAAAAGACGAAAGAGAUGGAGCGUAAUCUUCUUACAUUCGGAGCUGGUGUGAGAACGUGCAUCGGGAAAAAUAUUUCCAUCAUGGAGAUGGGCAAGCUGGUGCCUCAAGUGUUGCGCCAGUUCGACAUUGAGUGGGCGUCAAGCGAGCGAGAGUGGACUGUGACAACAUACUGGUUCGCCAAGCAGACGGGGCUAUUGGUACGAAUGAAGCCUCGCUGCCGAGGAUGA